AUGGCUCUCUGUCUUAUUAAUUCGCUCAUUGCACGUCAUGGAUUUGUACCGUAUGAUCAAUUAGUUCGCUACAAAUGGUGGUAUAGACAUGGUUAUAUGUCGUCAACAGGACUUUGUUUUGAUAUUGGCUCAGCUACUACUCAAUCAAUCCAAGAAUUUGAAAGACGUCAAAUUAUAUUUGCAAAUGAAAAGAAUAUUCUUUUUGAACACUUAGAUUAUUUAUCCGAUCAUCAACUUCUCAAUGAAUUUAACGUUUAUUGUAGUCAAGAAGGCGUAGCUGGAAAUGGUGCUCUCAUGCGUUUAGCUCCCGUACCACUUUUCUUUCAUCGAAAUCCGAAACUUGCUGUCCAAUAUUCUGGUAUUAGUGGUCAAAUUACACAUGGUGAUCAAAAGGCCUAUGAUUCAUGUCGCUAUUUUGGUGCUCUCAUAGUCGCUACUCUUCAAGGUGAAACAAAGGAUAACUUACUCAGUAAUAGAUUCUAUGAUAAUCACAAAGAUUGGUUCAAUGAUGAACCUCUUCAUCCCGAUGUCCAGCAAGUAGUUGAAGGAUCAUUCAAGCGAGACGGAGGUUACGAAGAUGGUAUACGAGGUAAAGGUUAUAUUGUCAGUGCUCUCGAAGCUGCUCUAUGGGCUUUUUGGAGUGAUGAAGAUUUAUUCGAGAAAGGUGCUCUCGCUGCUGUUAAUCUUGGUGAUGAUACAGACACGACAGCAGCCAUUUAUGGUGGAUUGGCCGGAGCUUAUUACGGUUACAAGAAUUUACCUCAGAAGUGGGUUGAUAGUGUCUAUGCAAAAACCUUCAUCAUAUGCUUAUGUAAAUGGAUGACGUAUGAAGCAGAAAAGCUUUCUGAUGGUUCAAUUCAACCGGAACCUCAUUUUUCACGUCAAAGCUCAAUCGAUCGUCGCGAUUCUGAAGCUCACUCAAUGGUUGAGAGAACGAUAUCUGAAGAAAACUCGGUAACAACACAUAGUUUUCCGCCAAUCAUAAUUUCAACACCGGCCAUAGUGCCUUCUAUACAGCGUACCGCAAUCGAUCCAAAAGGCAAACUUGGUUUGCUCUAUGAUGCAUAUCGAGAUCGUCUUAUUGUUCAAUCUGAUAUUAUUGUUAAAGAUCAACACCUAUAUGUACUAGCUAACACAAUGAAAUGCUUCGUGAGAAAAGGAAAUUCUCACGAGAAUCUAAACCUUCUUCAAAUUAUUGACAUUACAAAUGAGUUGCGUUUGAGCGUAGAACUCAAUAUUUCACCUGGUCUCGGAAUAGCUAAAACAAUCAAUUAUACUUCAUCGAUUGAUUCUUACACGCGAUUUCUCUAUUAUAACUAUCUGGAUCGAGAAGAAUCAUUGCCCGGCAAUGCUAACGAUAUUAGUCGGUCGAUUCUAUCACCGAUGCCUAAAACUCAAGCUACUCACGUUGUAAUAGGUGUCAAUUGGGGAAUUGAAGUUCUUGCUAUUCUACAAUUAUCACCCGAUGAUGCGUCCAAGAUCGAUAAUGUACUCAAUCAAAUACGUGAAAAUUUAACGAAUAAUAACACAAAUCUAGACAUGACGUUAGAUGAAAAACGUAUACUUAAUCGAAUCAAUCACACGGCCAUUUAUUCAAACAUUUAUGAACUAACUCAAAUAACGAACGUACUCGAUCUUUGUUAUAAAAUUGUUGAUGUUCGAGCGAAUCGUACUCGGCACUCACCGUUGACAUAUACGCUUUGUCCCAUACGAUUUCUAUAUCCUGAAUAUUCAGAAAAGGAUGUAACUUAUAUUGCAUUAGAACCGCAAAUUAUCGAGAAAAUUGAAAUGCAUUUACUUUCAUUGUAUUGUCAAUUCAAGAUAUUAAAAAAGUUAUUAGAACAUAAAUCUUUCCAUUCAUCAGAUGAAUAUCUUCGUCAACAAUUUCUUGACGCACAAAAUCAAUUUUCAAAGUUAGAAAAAAUCUACACAAAAGAAAUGAAAAAAUAUCAAGAUUGCAUUAUUGAUGUUCGCAAAGGAAAAGUUUCUUCAAAUGCAAUUAUUCGAGAAUUGACUGAUAAUCAUCAAAAUGGAUUAAAAGAAGCUAUCAAUAACGUUAUAACACGUUUGAACAAUUUAAAAGAGAAAGGACGUUCAUUUCAUGAUCGAAAAGUUACACCAAACGAACAUCAUUCAUAUAAUGAUCGUCAUGAUACAAAGAUCGAAUAUCAGUCAACAAAAGAAAAACGAAAUGGAAAUUUCAAGUAUCCAUUGGAUACAUCAGAAAAGAAAUUUGAUAGAAAUUCUUCAUCGUUUGUCGAACGUGACACAUAUCACGAAUCCGUUCUUCCGUAUACUGAUCGUCCAUUGAAAUCGCACAGUACUGAUAAGUUAUUAUUAGACGAUGGAAUUGGUACCGUACAUGUAUCACAUUCGAAGAGCUCAUGGUCACCACGGACAUAUCCUAAGUUUUCCUCAUUAAUGCCAACUGGAGAAACAAUAAACAUACUUCUUCUUGGUGAAAUUGGUGUUGGAAAAUCGACUUUUAUCAACGCUUUUGCUAAUUAUUAUUCAUUCGACACACUCGAUAGUGCCCAAUUUCAUGAACCAGUCGUUGCAAUUUCAAGCUCAUUUGUAAUGACGACACGUGAUUUGUCUGUGCCACCAAUACGAGUCCGACUCGGCAUGACAGAUUGCAAUGAAAUACAUAAUAAUUAUGAUCAUUCAACGACUCAAGAAUGUAAAUCGUAUCUAUUUCAUAUGCAUGAUGGUGCAAAGAUUCGAUUUAUUGAUACACCUGGUCUCGGCGAUAUUCAUGGUCAGACUCAAGAUCAUCUCCAAAUUCAAAACAUAUUAUCAUUUAUCAAUAAUUUGUCACAUUUGAAUGCUGUAUGCUUUUUGCUGAAACCAAAUUUUUCACGAUUUUCUGUUUACGAAUCUUGUUUUCAACGACUUUUUACUUUUUUUGGCGAAGAUAUUUGCAAAAAUACUAUUUUCUGUUUUACACAUUCGUUUUCCAUGCGAUUCGAUUCUACUGAUGGAAUUCGUUUAUUUGAAUCACAGCUGAAAUCAAUAUCAAAUCAUGGAAUUCGGAUGAAAAAAGAAAACACGUUUAAUUUCGACAGUGAAUCUUUUCGCUAUUUAGCCGCUUUACAUCAUUCGAUUGAAUUCGAUGACACGUCAAUGUAUCAUGUGAAAUCCAGCUGGUCAAAAUCAAAGAUUGAAGCGCUACGUUUUCUUCGAUAUAUAAAAACGCAACUUAUCCCAUUUCAAAUUCAUGCAAAAUGUCAAUCGAUCGAACAUGCUCUACUCGAAAUUCAAUGUAUGAUCCAUCCCAUGUUGGAAACAAUGCGAAAUAUGUUGCGAAAUCAUUUGUUGGAGACAAUAUAUUCGCCUAGUGCGUCAAUUGAAUUAUGUCCAAAAGCUAUUUCACCUAAUGUAGCACUUUGUUUAUCAUGUCCGUCUCACUCUGAUCAGUUUGGAAAGUUUUGGAUACGUCUCAAUAAGCAACAUAAACUUGACAAGAAUCAAUGUUAUUCUUGUGUAUGUAAUUUGAAACGGCAUAUUCCAAUGAAUUAUCAACUAGAUUACAAGUUUUUAUUCGAUCAACACAAGCAUAAUUACAAUGAAAAGGCUGAUAUUAUUGAACUAAUCAUACUUAGCGCAUAUUUUGCUACUUUUCUCUUACGUUUUUCCAAUGAUAUACAAAAUGAUCCAUUCUUGCUAGGUAUCGAUCGAAUGAUUAACGAAGAAUAUUUUAUUUAUGCGCAUUACUAUCCAAAUAUUCUCAAUUUGAAGUUACAUGGCACACUCAAAGACCUCAAGCGUCAUUAUCAACGAGAUAUGGAGGAAGUGUCCAAAAAGCAAAGAAGCUACAUCGAUUUAUUUGACAUCGAUGAACAAAUCAAGUAUACUAGCGCUCUACCAAUGAUACACGAACAAAUGAAUGCUAUAAAACAAAGUCGCGAAUUAUUCAUUAUCGAACAUGAACACCAAAUAUCGCUAAAAAACAAGCGUAGAUCGUAA